UUUCAAGUUUGCUGAAAGUUUAUUUGAGAUAGAAAAAGCAGGAAAUCGUCUUUUCAUAUGAAGUAAAACGACAAAUCAUACUAGGAAUUAACCUGGAUAACCAGAUCAACGUAUCCACAUUCAAGAGAAGUUCUUUUAGUAAAUAUAUCUUAUCGUCCGUUAGUAGGAUUUAAAGCGAAAGAAGACACUUCUAUGAUCAAUUCGAGUUGAGAACGACGUAUCAAUUUGGACUUAAUUAUUUUACAAAAUUGUUGGUCAAAACUCAGAGAAUGUCUUCUUUGGAGGUUCUGUAUUUCUGGAGGGUAAAAAGCGUUGUGUGGAAAUACAAAAUGGAGUUUAUUGAAUGAUCAUGAGCGAACCAAAUCUUCACGAACAUCGACGAAAGUCAGAAGCGAAACCUUGCCUCGUGCAACCGUUAGCCCGUAAGUGCUUUCAGAACCUGUCGCGAUGUCUCUACUUGCCAAGAUGAAGGGUUUGCGCCGCUACUGUGGCGUCGAGCCCGUCGUGUUCUUCUAUUCGUACUGGUACUUCCUUGGCUUGCUUGCAGUGCUGCAGUAUGUGUACUAUCGUUUUAGCGAAGAUAAGGGCUUUCCUUAUCGCAACCUCACGGAGAGUGGAGAGGGAUGCGGAGAUGGGGGAGGGUUUCCUUUAAACUCCUCACUACACCAACUAGAAAUAGAGGUGCAAAGCGCGUCCUCCGAGCUGUACUUGUAUUACCUCGGUGUGUGGGCCCUCUCCAUAUCAUUCAUCGUCCCUUUCACGGGUUCGUACACUGACCGACGCGGACGCAAGCCUGGACUUAUAGCGCCUCUUGUCGGAGCCAUUCUAGAGACUCUAGUCUUGCUUCUGGUCUUGUAUUUGGAGCUGCCUGUGUACGUGUUGAUCGUGGGAGGACUAGUGAAUGGUCUGACUGGUAACGAGGCCACGAUGAUGAUGGCGACAACUUGUUACGUCACUGACACAACAGACGACAAGCAGAAGGCUUUUAGACUUUCGAUUCUUCAAGGAGUUCUUUUUUUUUCCGCGACUGUAAGUCAGCUGACCAGCGGUCUUUGGAUUGAGUACCUAGGCUUCAGGAUAACCGCGUGGUUUGAGAUAAGCCUGUUGAUUGUGCCGCUGGUUUACGUCAUAUUUUUUGUCGAAGAGUCGCGUACUUCCAGUAGAGAGAAUGAUUGUCGUUUCUUCAGCUUAGAAAGUAUUAAGCCCGCAUUGAGAAUAUUCACAAAAGCGCGCGAGGAAGGACGUGGAAAUUUUCUGUUAUUAAUCGCCUGUUUUGGAAUUGUGUUUUUCUCCACCGUCGGUACAUUUUCCGUGUUUGCUCUUUUUGUUAUGCGCACGCCGCUAUGCUGGGGCCCAGGUAUCCUCGGUUAUUUUAUGGCGUACAAGUUUUUGUCAUUUGGGAUUGGAGCCGCCGUGGGUCUCAAGGCUAUGAAGUGGUGUGGAGUGCGUGACAUCAACCUGUGUAGGGUUGCGUUACUAGGGCAGGCGGCAACACUGCUGACCAUUGGAUUCGCUGACGCGACAUGGAUUGUGUUUCUCGCGCCUGCCGUGGGGAUCCUGGGUGGCAUGCUCAACCCUGUCCUAUGGGAGAAGAUGUCAACCAUUGUCGGACGCGAAGAACAAGGGAGCCUCUUUGCAACAAUAGCCGUGAUCCAGACCCUGAUGGAACUGACGGGUACCCUGUUGUUCAACACGAUCUAUCCUGAGUCGUUGAGGUUCGGUAUUCCUGGGUUUGUGUUUUUCCUCAGCUCAGCCAUCAUGCUUAUUCCCUUCGCGAUUUUGAGUUGUAUACACUUUCCCGAGGGACACGCUACGAAGAAAAAACUCGAACAUGUAGAGGACGUAGAGUUCCAGGAACUGUCAACACAUCUAUAGGACCAGGAGGAGUGUAUCCGUUCGGCCAGGAAAAUCUUGCUCUACUUACUCUCAGAUAAAGUGUAUCACGUCACAGGUGUACCACGUGAUCAGCAAGGAGUGUAUUACCUAGCAAGUGUACCACGUGACCAACAAGGAGUGUAUUACCUAGCAAGUGUACCACGUGACCAACAAGGAGUGUAUUACCUGGCAAGCGUACCACGUGACCAACAAGGAGUGUAUUACGUUACAAGUGUACCAUGUGACCAACAAGGAGUGUAUUACCUGGCAAGUGUACCACGUGACCAACAAGGAGUGUAUUACCUUGAAGUGUACCACGUGACCAACAAGGAGUGUAUUACCUGGCAAGCGUACCACGUGACCAACAAGGAGUGUAUUACCUGGCAAGCGUACCACGUGACCAACAAGGAGUGUAUUACGUUACAAGUGUACCAUGUGACCAACAAGGAGUGUAUUACCUGGCAAGUGUACCACGUGACCAACAAGGAGUGUAUUACCUUGAAGUGUACCACGUGACCAACAAGGAGUGUAUCACGUUACAAGUGUACCACGAACCAACAAGGAGUGUAUUACGUGAGAAAUGUACCACGUGACCAGGAGUGUAGUACGUGUGUACACAAAUGUACCAUAUUAGCAUAUUCAGCUGAAAGAUAAUAUGCCUGUAUUUUAUUUUGUACUUUAGCUCUAACUUCUACAAUAAGAUAGAUAUCUUUUUAAUCAUUUGGGAACGGCCAAAGUCAGGUUUGUAUUUUUCUACGCGCUGAGUUAACUCCCAAGGCCGAACAACUGAAAACUGAUACAUAAGCAUUAGCAUUUAGUAACUAUUUGUAUUCCUCGCACAGUUGACCCUGUAGCUGUUGAGUGUGUGGGUUUUCUGAUAAGAAAUCCCUUUAAAGUCUGGCUUUUGUGCAUACAUUGCCCGUUUUCAGUACCAUAUAUUAUCUCAUACAAAAA